AUGAAACCCACUCUUGGUGACUUUACUCUCAAUGAGUACACAGAGAAAGUCAUACAAUAUGGAUUUUUAAUGCUGUUUGCAGCCUCCUUUCCUUUAGCUCCUCUGAUGGCCAUUCUGCUGAAUCUGAUAGAUAUAAGGAUCGAUGCCAGGAGAAUGUUGUGGAGUAAUAGACGUCCUAUAGCCUACAUUAGGCAGGACAUAGGUAAAUGGUAUGGGAUUCUUAACUUGGUGAACACAAUAGGAGUGAUAACCAAUGGAUUCCUGAUUGGGUUUACAUCCUACUGGGCCUCUGACUUUGACACAGCCACCAAACUCUGGAUUGUGUUAGGUUUUGAGGUAAUUUCUUGCCAUACCAACAAAUUGAAUUUGAGGUCAAUGUGA